CACAAGGCCAAAUGGAAAAUCAAAAUCUGGAGAAAUGGUAUCGCGAUCAUCGCAGGGUUAGUUUGGGCAUUGGAGAAAACAUUAACAUCUCUUCUUCUGCGUCUUUCUCUCCCUUGACUCUCAAAUCCCAAAUUAUUCACUCUUACCCUUUUUUCUCCAAACCCUAACUUUCCCUUUCCAACCCAAUCCUCUCCUUUCGUUCAAACUCCCCCAUUCGCAUGUGCAAUCCGCACACUUUCUCGGAUCUUCCAUAAAUUUCGGGUAUUAUUGACCCUUUUCUGCUGCCAAUAGCUUCAAUCAAUGGCCAAGGGCACCGAUUCCGACGAGUUCGUGUUGCUUUCUAGGGUCCGGACUGGUCUCAAGAGGGAGUUCGCGUUCGCAAUGAAGGCCCAAUCUGAGAUCUGCGGCGCUUCUCUGGGCCGAACGCGGGCCAGCAAGAACCGGCCCGACCCUCCUGUUCAGGCGGCAUCUGCCCGGAAACGGUCCAGGAAGACCGUCGAGCCCAAAACGUCGGAGGACGUCUUGAGCGAGGAAGAGGCUAAGAGCGACGUGGUGGAUCUUCAGAGCGAUGAUGAGCCGAAGAAUAAUCAUGCGGGAGAGUCAGAAUCUGCGGCAAUGUUGGUUUGUGAAGAGGAAGCGAAGAGUGGAGUGGCCAUGGAAAAUAUUAUCGGCGAAGAGGAGCCGAAGGUGUUGGAGACUGUUAUCUGCGAAGAGGAAUUGAAGGUGUUGGAAACUGUUAUCAGCGAGGAGGAACCGAAGGCGUUAGAAAUUGUCAUGGGCGAAGAGGAACCGAAGGUGUUGGAUAGUGGUGUUAAUGAGGAGGAGCCUGUUGUGGCUGACACGUUGAAGGAAGAGGUUGUGGAUGAGACGGCACAACCUCUUGGCGAAAUUAAUGAAGAAUCGGAGAAGGGUGUUUCGGGAGAUAAGGUUCCUAGUGGGGAAACACUUGUUGUGGAGAAUGAUGAUGACAAGGGGAAGAAGAAUAAGAAGAGAACGAAAAAGUGGUUGGAGAGGCUUCCGAUUGUGAGAAGGUUUACGCGGUCGGCACUGAAGGAAAAACCCGAGGCAGCAAAUGACGAGAAAAAUGUUGGUGCUGUUGGACUUGAUGAUGUUAUUAAGAGGGAAUCAGAAACCGAGGCUUCGGUGUUAAUGACCACUCCUAUUUCGGGCAGAUUUUCGAAUUCUAGAUUGAGGAAGUUUCCUACUAAGUUGAAGGAUCUUCUGGCUACGGGCAUUCUUGACGGAUUGACAGUGAGGUACAUGAAAGGAUCAAAGGCUCGAAAAAAUGGGGAAACAGGGCUUCAAGGAGUGAUUCAGAACUCUGGGAUUCUGUGUUUUUGUGAGAGUUGCAUGGGGAUUGAAGUGGUCACACCCACUGUGUUUGAGCUGCAUGCUGGCAGUGCAAAUAAACGUCCCCCAGAGUAUAUUUACAUGGAUUGUGGGAAUGGUGGAAAUAACCUCCGUGAUGUCAUGAAUGCCUGCUGCGAUUUGUCAUUGGAGUCAAUGGAGGAAGCCGUUCAAAAACUACUUGGUGGCUUCACUAUGAACAAAUCUUCCAUCUGUUUUCACUGCAGAGGAGCAUGCAAGGGUGUGUCAAAGCUCGUAUGCGAUGCUUGCAUAGCAAGUCCCCCUCAAACAGCCACAACAAGUAGCAAAAAGAUUUCAUCACCAGUUCAACCAAGAUCACCAGAGCCAGUAAUGGUUCAAAAAUCAUUAGACAAUGAGAUGCAGCCAAAUUCAUUAGACAAUGGGGUGCAGCCUGAGUCGCUAAAUAAUUGCGAGGUGCCAAACUCAUUAACCAAUGAGAUGAAGCCAAAUUUGCUACAUAGUGGGUUGAAGCUUAAUUCAUCAAACAGUGGGAUGAAGCCAAAUUCAUUAAAGAAUGGAAUGAAGCACAGUACAUCUCGUGGUAAGAGUCAGGGAAGACUAACUAGGAAGGAUCUGCGCUUGCAUAAGUUGGUAUUUGAAGCAGAUGUUUUGCCAGAUGGAACUGAAGUAGCCUACUAUGCUCACGGACAGAAACUGCUGGUUGGUUACAAAAAGGGAUAUGGGAUAUUUUGUACCUGCUGCAACAGUGAGGUCAGUGCUUCUCAGUUUGAAGCUCAUGCUGGGUGGGCAUCUCGACGAAAGCCUUACCUGCACAUUUACACAUCUAAUGGAAUCUCACUCCAUGAGUUGUCCAUCUCUUUAUCAAAAGACCGGAGAUUUUCCAACAAUGAUAAUGAUGAUCUCUGCAUCAUAUGUGAAGAUGGAGGGGAUCUUUUGUGUUGUGAUGGAUGCCCUAGAGCUUUUCACAUAGACUGUGUCCCUUUGCCAUGCAUUCCCAGUGGUACUUGGUAUUGUAAGUAUUGCCAGAAUGUUUUCCAGAAAGAUAGGCAGGGGCAACAUAAUGUGAAUGCUCUGGCAGCUGGAAGGAUUGAAGGCACUGAUAUUUUGGAACAAAUGAACCCAAGAUGUAUUCGUGUUGUCAGAACUGUAGAAGUUGACCAUGGUGGAUGUGCCUUGUGCAGUCGUCACAAUUUCAGUAAAAGCUUUGGUCCUCGGACAGUAAUUAUUUGUGAUCAGUGUGAGAAAGAAUAUCAUGUUGGCUGCUUGAAGGAUCAUAACAUGCAGAACCUUGAGGAAUUGCCUGAGGGGAAUUGGUUUUGUGGCACAUCUUGCAAUCAAAUCCAUUCUGCUCUGGCGGAUUUGGCAGCUUGUGGGGAAAAGAGUGUCCCAGAUUCUCUUCUAAGUUUGAUUAAAAAGAAGCACGAAGAGAAAAAUGUAGACAUUCGAGGUGACCUUGAUGUUAAAUGGAGGGUUAUAAAUUGGAAACUAGAUGAUUCUGUUGAAAAUAGGAAAAGGCUUUCAAAGGCUGUUGCUAUCUUCCAUGAAAGGUUUGAUCCUAUAGUUGAUUCAACAUCUGGCCGAGAUUUCAUUCCGACAAUGUUGUUUGGAAGGAACAUUCGAGGUCAAGAUUUUAGUGGGAUGUACUGUGCAGUGCUUACUGUCAAUGGAGAUAUUGUUUGCGCUGGAGUAUUUCGUGUCUUUGGAUCAGAAAUUGCUGAGCUUCCAUUGGUGGCAACUACUUCUGAUCAACAAGGACAGGGUUAUUUUCAGUGUCUAUUUUCUUGUAUUGAGACAUUACUUGGUUCUUUGAAUGUGAAGAACCUUGUGCUACCAGCUGCCGAUGAAGCUGAAUCGAUAUGGACCGGUAAAUUUGGGUUCACAAAGCUAGCUCAAGAUGAGAUAAACAAGUAUAAGAAAUUUUAUCGCAUGAUGAUAUUUCAAGGGACCUCGGUGUUACAUAAGCCUGUUCCUGCACUCUGAAUUUUGUGUAAAGUUUUUGGUGGAACAAUAUGCUGUAGACUUUUUUUCUUGGUUGCUUUGCUGGCUGCAGAUCAAAUGUUUAGUAUGUACAGGGAUCUGUCUUUUUUGGUGUACAGAAAUACUGACAACCACCUCUAGCUGUUAUUAUUUGUUUUCGUAGCAAAGGAAUCAAAGGAGGUUAGAGUUGAAAAUAGAGGAAAAGCUAGGUCAAGAGAUUUUGUGAAACUAGCCAAAAUUUUGGUUUAUGUUAUAAAAUUCAUUUAUUACUGCCCA